AAGUCCUAUGAAUUUGAAGACUUGCUACAGUCUUCGUCUGAGAACAGCAGGGUGGACUGGUACGCACAGACCAAACUGGGACUCACACGCACUUUAUCGGAGGAGAACGUCUACGAAGACAUCCUAGACCCACCAAUGAAGGAGAAUCCUUACGAGGACGUCGAGUUGCACGGCCGCUGCCUAGGCAAGAAGUGUGUCUUGGCUUUCCCUGGAUCUCCCACCUCUUCCAUCCCGGACACCUCCACCAAGCAGUCCUUGUCCAAAUCUGCAUUUUUCCGGCAAAAUUCAGAGAGAAGAAACUUCAAACUGCUGGACGCUAGGAAGCUGAGUCGGGAUGGAGCUGGGUCCCCGCUGAGAACCAGCCCUCCCUCUACACCUAGCAGCCCGGAUGACACUUUCUUCAACCUUGGAGACCUGCAGAAUGGCAGAAAGAAGAAAAAGAUCCCCAGGCUGGUAUUGAGGAUCAAUGCCAUUUAUGAGGCCCGGAGAGGAAAGAAACGGGUGAAGAGGCUAUCCCAGUCCACGGAGAGCAACUCAGGAAAAGUGACAGAUGAGAACAGUGAGUCUGACAGCGACACCGAGGAGAAGCUGAAAGCUCACAGCCGGCGCCUGGUCAAUGUGAAGUCGCGCCUGAAGCAGGCUCCUCGGUACUCAUCGCUUGACCGGGAUCUCAUUGAGUACCAGGAGAGGCAGCUCUUCGAGUACUUCGUGGUGGUGUCUCUGCACAGGAAGCAGGCAGGGGCUGCCUAUGUGCCAGAGCUCACCCAGCAGUUUCCUCUGAAGUUAGAAAAGUCGUUCAAGUUCCUGAGAGAGGCUGAGGACCAACUGAAGGCUAUUCCCCAGUUCUGCUUCCCUGAUGCCAAGGACUGGGCUCCUGUCCAGGAGUUUACCAGUGAAACAUUCUCGUUUGUCUUAACUGGAGAAGAUGGAAGCAGACGGUUUGGUUACUGCCGGAGACUUCUGCCUGGAGGCAAAGGGAAGCGGCUCCCUGAAGUUUAUUGCAUUGUGAGCCGCCUGGGAUGCUUCAGCCUCUUUUCAAAGGUGAGAACUUGCCCAGAGAGAGGGUGGGAGAGCAGG